CGAACACACCAAACGUGAAAAUGCCAAAACUUGCUCUUUUGCUACCAAAUUAGUUCUAUAAGAAACAUUUGAGAAAUCCGAAAAAUCGUUUCUUCUGCAUUUGACAUUAAGGAAAUGACCCAACCAUCUCAGAUAUAUUUUAAUCAAUUCAAUGCAAAAACAAUAAGGUGAUUUCAAACGAAAUUUCGAUUUUGUGUUUACAAAUAAUAAGUGUUUUUCCGGAGUCGUUUGACGCAAGUACUAAACAUAAACCACUUCACUUGGUUCAGGAAGUGAUAAAUUAACACAGCUGACUUUCCGCGUGACUUUGAUGGCGACCUUAUCAACUCAAUCACACUUAAUUGAAUAUUCUUAUCAAACUAUUUGUAGUUAUUUAUAAGCCCCUUUCACAACAGCUACUGCUUAUUUCGUGUUGAGUUUUCAAUCAGUUGAGUUCGGGUAAAAUGAAGUUGUUCUCAGUGUUUUUAAUUUUGUAUAUCCUAAACGAAAAUGUGGACAGUUAUAAGUUUUUGGCGAUUCUUCCGAUUCCAUCGAGGUCUCAUUAUUACAUAGGUCAAAAUUUAAUGAAAGGAUUAGCUGAAGAUGGUCAUGAAGUGACUGUGAUCAGUCCAUUCAAAGAGAAAACACCAAUCAAAAACUAUAAAGAAGUGUUUCUUGAGCACAAUUGGGUAGAAACACAAAAAUAUAUGGCCAAAGAUAAUUUCAUGGACUUUGCGAAUUUGUUCUUUUGGGAUAUGACAUUUGCGUGGUAUGAAGCGGGAAUGAAUUUUACAAAGUGGACCGUUUCCAGUCGAAAUCUGCAAGAUUUCCUUAAAAUCAAGCAACAUUUCGAUGUUGUCGUUGUAGAAACAAAUCUUAACGAUGCUUUGCUUGGGCUUGGCAUGCAUUAUAAUGCGCCUAUUGUUGCAAUCUCCGCAUUUGGCGCCAACAAAUGGACCACUGAUUUAGUUGGAACUCCAAUAUUUGCAUCUUAUGUGCCAUUUACACUUAACCAUUUCACCGAUCGAAUGACAUUCUGGCAACGAAUGUACAACUCAUUGUCGUUUUGGUUUGAAGACAUCGUACAUCCGGUCUAUUUCAUACCUAAUCAGCAAAAACAAAUGGAACACCUGUUUCCAAAAGCAAAAAAUUGGCCAUCUCUGGAGGAAAUCCGACGAAAUGUGUCGCUAGUUCUGUUGAACACUCAUGUGACGCUCGGAACACCACGGCCGUAUGCACCGAAUAUGAUUGAGGUCGGUGGCAUGCAAAUUCAGAAAGAAAUCGAACCGCUGGCUCUGAGAAUACAAACAUUUCUAGAUGAAGCCAAAGAUGGUGCGAUUUUUGUGUCACUUGGAUCAAAUGUUCUUAUAAAUAAGUUGCCAGAACAAAAGCUCAACGCAAUUACAAAUGCAUUCAAAGCAUAUCCAAAUUAUAGAAUUUUAAUCAAGAGUGAUGAGCACAUCGUCAUUACAUCGCACAAGGAAGCGGAUGUGUUGGUCGAAUCUUGGUUCAACCAGCAAUCGAUUUUGGCACACAAGAAUAUUAAAUUAUUUGUUACUCAUGGCGGCCUAUUGAGUACAACUGAGGCUGUUCACUUUGGCAAGCCACUGGUUGGAAUUCCGUUCUUUUUCGAUCAAUAUCUGAAUAUGUAUUUGGCUCAACAAAGAGGAUAUGCUCAAUCCGUACCAAUUCAAUCGCUAACGGCUGACAAAAUAACGACAGCUGUUGAUAAAGUGCUCAGUAAUCCAAGUUAUGCCGAGCAAGCGAAACUAAUUUCCGAUAGAUUCCGAGAUCAGCCGCUAACACCAUUGGAAACAGGAAAGUUUUGGGUCAAGCACGUGGCCAAAAAUAAAGGUGCUCCACACUUGAGAAGUGUCGCCGUCGAAUUGCCUUUCUAUAAGCUGUAUAAUUUAGAUGUGUGGGCAUUCAUUUGUGGUGUUAUCGCUUUCUGUGUCUUUUUGCUCACUAAAUUGAUAAGAGCCCUAGUAUUUGUUUUGUUUGGCGCGAAAUCAACGCACAAGGUCAAACAAUCAUAGAAUUGAAGGAAAUCAUGUAUAUUACGUUAUGAAAAGAAAUGUAUGAAUUAAAAUCGAAUUAAGGAAUUUUUUUUUUGUUUCGACGAUUAUGCAAUAAAUUUCUCUUUUUUGGAAGUUUUAUAAAAUAUGAUUCGAGCAAUCAGUUCAGCUGUUUAAUAGCAGCGGUUUGAAUGGCCAUUUCAACAAGAAUUUCAGUCAAAUAAACAAUAUAACCGUUACUUUAUCACUUUUAUAAUGCGCCGUGAUAACAUAAAUUGAAAGUAGACUUUCAAGGUGCAAUCUAGCAAAAAAAUGCUACAUCGCACCUUAUCAGGGUGUAAUCUAGCAAGUGCCGUGUUCAAAUGUUGCGUAUGUAUGAAUAAAAAAAAUAUAUGGAUGACAAAAUGUAAACAAGUGCAAAUAAUGUCAGAAUGAUGAACACAUUUUUAAUUGGAUUGUAUUAAUACGUAGAAAAUAUAACAAAAAAAAGUUGUAUGAUUCGAAAGAAAAAUUACACUCGACAUGAGAUUCUGAAAUUGAGUGUAUUAUACGAUAUAAUAUUUUUGAUUUGCGUUAAUGGUGAAACAACGUCUGUAUAAAAUUCAUGGUGGAAAAGUGAAACAUUGAAAUCAAUAAAAAUAAAGCGUGAAAAAAUUCAA